AUUCAUCCCUCCAGCCUCACUUAAAAAGUCCUACCUGAGCCGUGUGUCGCAGAGAGAGCUGCCAGGUGGUUUCCUGCUGCCCUGUAAGAUCUAAGGAAAUCUUAAUAAGGAUCAUCCACACUUCAAAGAGGAUCCUGAAGAAGUGUAAACAAGACUCCCAGCCAAGCCCUGUAUUUAUCGUACUUCAUUAAGGACAUGCUGUUGAUUUCUCCCGGCUGGGUCAGUUUGUGACGACUUGAACAAGAUGAGGACUGGCGUCUGUUUGCUCGUGCUGUGUGUGCUGUCUGCAGCUGCCGUUCGUACCAGUACAUCGCCACCAGGGAAACCCCGUAUGGUUAGCUGCAGAUCCCGAGACAAGGAGACGUUCUCCUGCUGGUGGGAGCCUGGCUCUGACGGAGGGCUGCCAACCACACACCGCCUCUACUUCAUGAAAGAGAGGGCUAAUGGAUUUCAGGAGUGUCCUGACUACAUCUCUGCAGGAAUAAACUCCUGCUUCUUUGACAAGUUGCACACCUCCUUCUGGGCAGAGUACAACCUGACAGUGGUGGCCACAAAUGCCCUUGGAAACACCUCAUCAGACUUCUUCUUAAUACAUGAUGUGUGGGAAUAUGUAAAGCCUGACCCUCCCAUGAAUGUCACGGUGCUGGCCAACAGCAGCGCUCCCAGUCCGCAACUGGAAAUAAAAUGGGAAAGCCCGCCAGACGCCGAUAUCAAAUCCGGCUGGGUCACCGCAAAAUAUGAGCUCAGGUUUAAACCAAAAGACAGUAAGGAGUGGAAGAGUAGAGGAGUUCAAAAAGAGACUUAUGCAAAGCUGCAUGUGGAUCCCGGGGUCCUCUACAUGAUUCAGGUGCGCUGUAAGCUAGACCACGGCAACUGGAGUGAGUGGACCAACACCAUAUUUUCUGAAAUCCCUAAACUGCCUCUGAUUGACAAAUCAUUGUGGAUUCUGGUCUUUGUUUUCUCCUUGAUUCCCUUGUUGGCAACUAUAGCCAUCUUAGUGCUGAAGAGGAAACUUUUGAAGCAGUGGUUCCUACCUCCUGUUCCUGGUCCAAAGAUAAGAGGAAUUGAUGUUCAGCUUCUUAAGAGUGGCCGAUCUGAAGACAUUGCAAAUGCCCUCAUCACCAGCCAAAACUUUCCUCCCAUGAUAGCGUGGAUCGACCAGGUGGAGGACUACUUGUUGGUGUCAGACAGUGACGAAUGGCUUAUCAAUGAUCUAUAUUUAUCUCAACAAAAGAAGAAAAUCUUCGCUAAUGCCAGUGGCUUACACCUUGACUCAGAAAUUCCCCGCGGCGAGGUGACCCCUGUAAAGAAUGCCCGAGAAAAAGCUGAGGACAGUUUGGAUAAAACGGACACGUUUGAAAGCUCCAAUGAGCGUGAUGUAUUACAUAUGGAUCGGACGCAGCUGCCUGUUGAGAAACAGGAAUGUGUGAGUGAGGAAAAAGCAUCUCUAACAAACGCAAACCAGCCCCUGCCAAACACCUGCUAUGUGGAUAUUCAGCCACGCGAGACGUCCUGGGAAGCUGGAACACAGUCUGACUAUAGCAAAGUGAAAGAGGUGAAUGGCGAGAGCAUCCUCAUCUUCAACAACGAAAACAUCCUGCAGGAGGUGAACGCGCCUGAUGAAUACAGCAGGGUCAAAGAGGUGAAUAGUGAGGGAGUUUUCCUGCAGAAACAUGACUCAUCUGACCCCUACUGUAAGAAAAAAGAAGACCAGUACAUAGAGUGGAUCAGUCAGAAGCCAAAAAUGCCUCAUGACAGCGAGCUCAACAAAGGCUUCUGCUUGGAAAUGAUCGGAAAUGGAUACGUAGAUUCUCCUGCUGGUUUUAUUGUGAAGUGAUCCAUUGAGGUGGGACAGUCGGAUCUGUCCGGAUUAACUGAGUCACUGGGCAGAUGAUGCAAUGUUAUCUGAUUAUUGCUAUCGGCAACUAAUUGCACGGUGUUGAAAAGGACAGACUUAUUUAUGGGAUGCACCGGCUGCUCUCCACAGUGGAAUGUAUUUAUCUUGACUGAGGAAGAAAAAUGAAAUUACUUUGACUUUUGAAUUUUCCGCUCAAACGAUGAAAGUGGUUCAGCU